AUAUCGGGAAUGCACGAGUUUAGUGCGUGAUCAUGCCUUCAUCACGACAUCGGAAGACAGUACUUAAAAAGGAGACAUAGACUGCAGACAUAUCAAUCUCAUUCAAACACUUCUACAGCGUCUCCUCGCCAGAAAACAGUUCAACUGAAAGGUGGUGUAUAUACAUACAGGAUGUGUUCAGUAAUAUUUCUGCUUGUAUUAGCCGCUUUUCCGGCGUUGAUAUCUACCAGACUGGUCAAUAGUUAUGACAACUUCCCAGAAGAGUCCAUUGAUGUACGUAACGAAACUUCACUGGGACCAUAUUCCACCAUGGACGAUACAUCAGAAGACGCCAUGGACGAUACAACAGAAGACGCCAUGGGUGAUACAGAAGACAUUUUUGGUAUUGUAAAUCAGUUGAUCAGUAAAGUAACUGCACUGGAAAAGACGAUUAAACAUAGGUGUCACACACCGGUUGCUUUUCACGCUGUAAGGGAUGGUGCAGUUUAUCCUCAUCUUGGAGUAUAUCAACAUGUUGUAUUUAGUACAGUCUUACUUAACAUUGGGAAUGGAUACAACGCCUACCAUGGCAUUUUUACCGCCCCCAAAGCUGGCUUGUAUAUAUUUUCGGCUUCCAUCUUAAGCGACAAUAGACGUGCCACAUCCUUGUUUGCUGCAGACAUCGUUAGGAACGGGUAUGUUCUUGCAAGAAUAUACGGCAAGGGAGUUAGCGGAUACCAUACCCAAGGAUCAGCUACCGUGGUCACCCAGUUAAGAGUUGGGCAGCAAAUAUGGGUUCGGCUAAACUGUUGUGCGAAUGGUUCGCUAUUCGGAGCUCGUUAUACAACCUUCAGUGGUUCAUUGAUAAGUGUGUUAAAUUGACCCCGUAACGCUAUUAAAGUUUGACCUCUCAACCUUUAA